UCCGACUUCAACUGUACGUGUACAUUACCAUUGAUGGAAAUGUAUGUAUACAAUAUUCAAAAGACAUUUUGAUUUCUGAUCCAGAAUUGAGAAACCACUGUCCACCGUACAGUCAGGAGGUCAUGGUAGACAAGGAGGGCGAAUGACCGGCACAAGGUCCUUCAGAGAUGGACGGAUGGGAACAGGAAAGUUGCACUCCUUCCCCCUGUCAUCGGUGUACACAUGGGGCAGUGGCAUCUCUGCGCCUCUGCGUCUACCCAUGCUCAACACAGAGGUGCUGCAGGUGGCCCUGGGACGCACACAGAAGAUGGGCGUCACCAAGUCAGGCCGACUCAUCACCUGGGAGGCUCCGUCAGUAGGAUCUGGUGAGCCCACUCUGCCUGGUGCAGUAGAACAGAUGCAGCCGCAGUUCAUCUCUCGCUUCCUGGAGGGCCAGUCUGGAGUCACCAUCAAGUCUGUGUCCUGUGGGGAUCUCUUCACCACCUGUAUGACAG